AUUAAGUAGUAAAUGUCAAAAAUGAUAUUUUAAUUGUUUAAAGAAAAUCAGGUAAAAAGUGCAAAAAAUUGCUUAAAAAUGGGUUGUUGUGUCUCAAAAGUGGAGGCCGAAAAUAGUCAAGAAGCUCCUACAGUGCGAGGAUGUACCGAUGUAUUGUGGUUAUGCCUUUUUAUCGGUUUUUGGUUUUUAAUGAUUUUAAUUGCUGCAUUUGCCUUUGUUUAUGGAAGUCCUCAACGAUUAAUUAAUGGGUAUGACUCAUUUGGAAAUACUUGUGGAACAAAGAAUUCAAAAAUUGGUCAGAUGAAACCAACCGGUUUAGAUAUGACUGAUAAAUCUGUUCUAUUUUUUAUGGAUAUUCGUGAGCUGCGCAAAACAAUUAAAAUUUGUGUUAAACAAUGUCCCACACGCAACUUGAAUACAUUAGAAGAUUUGAGGUCAUUUUAUAAGGAAACUGGAACUAAUUUAUGUAGAUAUGAUUUUAAUUUUAAUGAAUUAGAUAAAUUGACACCCAUACAAAAAGAUGCCUUAACAUCAACAAUGGGACCAUGUCCUAAAUUACCUGUUUAUGAAAGUAUUCCAGUUUUAAAUCGGUGCGUUCCAAAGCCAGUUAAAGAAAUUGCUGAAUCAGUUCUCCGUGAUUUUUAUGGUCUUUUAAAUAGCUGGGAUACUUUAGAACAAAUUUUAGGUGACUUGUACAAUACAUGGAAAGAAUUAUUAUUUUUAUCUGUCUUUGCUUUAAUUAUGGCCUUAUUCACUGUAUCGAUAUUACAUUUAUUAGCUACGUUAGUAUCGGUGAUUAUAAUGAUUUUAGUAUGUGUUACAAGUAUUGGUGGCACUGGAUUUUUAUGGUACACAUAUUUUGAAAUUAAGGGAAAGUUAGAUGUAACACCAGAAGGUCGAAUGUUGCUAGAAUCUGUUCGAAAUGAAUCAGCAUUUUUGACCUAUUCUAUAAUUGCCACUGUGAUAACGAUCAUUUUAUUAUUAUUAAUGUUGGCAAUGUGUAAACGAGUUGAUGUGCUAGCUGAACUAUUCAAGGAAACAGCAAAAUGUUUAGGAGCCGUUCCAGGAUUGUUUUUACAACCAUUAAUUACAUUUGUUGUGCUUUUAAUAUUCUUUGGAUUUUGGUUAUUAGUCGUUUUAUGUUUAGCAACAUCAAAUUACAUGAAUAUUGACCAGUUAAACCCAUAUAGUGAUACAUUUGGUUCGUUCCCUGUCACUAAACCAACUGUCAGCGGUGUUACUCCUACUGGAAAUAUUGCAGCAAAUGAAUUUAAAACUUAUACUUUAGUGAAGUUCGCUGAUCCAACAUGGGUUAAAUAUAUGUGGUGGGUUUAUUUUAUUGGCCUUAUUUGGACUGCAGAGUUUAUAAUGGCUUGUCAAUCAAUGGUUAUUGCUGGAGCUGUGGCACAUUGGUUUUAUAGGAAUCGAUACAAAAAUAGUGAUCAUGUAUCUUACGCUGUUUGCAAGUUAAUGAAAUACCAUUUGGGAUCAGUUGCAAAAGGUUCAUUUCUAAUUACGCUUUUCAAAAUUCCACGAUUGAUUUUAACGUAUUUAUAUGCAAAGUUACAAAAACAUAAUGAUGCUGGAAGUGAGAUAGCGAAAUGCUUUUUACGAUGUUGUAUUUGUUGUUUUUAUUGUUUAGAACGUUUUAUUCGAUAUUUAAAUCAUAAUGCGUAUACUGUUAUUGCUAUAGAUGGUGUACCGUUUUGUUCGGCCGCUGCUACGGCAUUCGAAGUUCUGUCUGCAAAUGCGUUAACAGUGGCAACAAUUAAUAGUGUUGGCGAUUUUAUUUUAUUCUUAGGCAAAUGUUUUGUUACUGCGAUUACUGGAACUGUCGGAUUAUAUUUCUUUAAACGAAAUGAAAAACUUACGUUUUAUGCAGCUCCCACUCUUGUGACAUGUAUUUUUGCAUUCUUUAUUGCACAUUGCAUUCUGUCUCUGUACGAAAUGGUAUUGGAUUCAUUAUACUUGUGCCGUUGUCAAAAUGGUGAUAGCAUGCAAGUGGAAUCAACAAAUGGUAGUGCAGAUCGGCAAAAGAGGCAGCAAACAGAAUUAGAACCAAUCAGAGAGGCAAAUGAUUAAAAAGAUUUUGAUUUGCACACGAUAUAAAAAUUUUUACUAUGAACAAAAAACAUGCAAUUUUUACAAUAAAUUGCAAAAUACGCUAUACAGCCGCGGACAAUCUUUACAAUUUGUUAAAAUGAACUAGAUAUUUUUAUUUUUCAUUCCAUUUACAAAAUUAUUUUAUAUGUAACGUUUAGAAACGUGGUCACAAUUUGUUUGUACCUGUUCACUGUUUGGGUGUGAUUUUUUAUGCAUAUGCGAGUUGUAUUGAAAAUCAUUAGACAUUAGAAUUAAAUUCUGUGGGUGCAUCACAUACAAUACACAUAUUUCUUAAUAUUUUGUGUACCUUAGUAUCUUAUUUUUAAUUUAAACUUUUAUAUUUAUGAACAAAACUUUUGAAAUCCAAAAUAAAACACCAAAAAGCUAAAAUAAACAAUUUCAUAAACAAAGACUGUUUUAAACUAUAUCUUUUCGAUAUAUGUAUCUUAUAAAAACUGGAAACGAAAUAUGAAAUCAUAGACUUUUUCUAUAAAUUUUGUUUCAAAUCUUCUAAUUUUUUUUUUUGAGUUUAAAGUUAUCUUGAUCUAUUGCGUUUUACGUAAACAUAAGCAAUUACCUCAAUUCUGUUUUUAUCACUUUAGAUUCAAAAGAACAUAGCUCUGAAGUUAUGUAAAUAUACCCUACCUACUAUAACGUGUCUAUAGUUUUAGGACCUCCAAGUACCGAUCAAACUAGGCACAUCUAGCAUAAGACUGACUCAUACACAAAAUAUUUUCAAUAGUUGAAUGUAAUUUAAAGCUUAUGUAAUUUACAGAUCUCAUAUUUAAGAUCAUUACUGUCAUAAAUAUAGUCGUUUGUACUUAUAUAGAAGUAUUUUCUUGAAGCCGACGAGAUAGGCUAGCACUAGAAAUAACAAUUUCACAAUUUCUUUUGUUUGCCUAAGGUUUCUUGGAGAUAAUACAUUAAAAUACAUCUAAAAAAAACGUGUACAUUAGAUAUAAAUGUAUCACAGACUUAUACACAAGGUAAAGCCUCUAGAUUCGAGACAUCAAACUAAGUGCUAUAUCAUUUAAUGUUUAUUGAAGUUAAAAUUACUAAUGACGUUAACCCUUAUAUUUUUUUAUGUAUAAUUCGAACUAUAAUCGUCCAAAUGAGGUUUACAAAAAUCAAUUAUAUAAUGUCUAUUGUACACUACACAAUCGAUAUAGUUUUAUAAUUUCUAAACUUGCUGUUUUGUAAAUGGAAUGAAUUUUGUUUACAUUUAUUUGCAAAAGACAAUAACAAAAAUAUAUUUUAGGU